UGUUUUGGCAUUCGUUCUCAUCUCAUCUGUUGUUAGAACAGUAACAGCUUUACGGGGGUAGGAUGGUUGAGUCCUUUAUUUCUCAUUCUUGUGAAAUAUUUUCUUUUUAUUCUGUAUUUAUCUUUUCAUUUCUCCAUAUCCUUGGGAGUUUUCGAUUUCUGGUGAGCUCUCUCUGAAGCUGCGAUGAAGAUUGAUCCUUUUCCUGAUCCUCUGUUUUGUAUUUCCAUGAUAAACCCUGUUGAAUCUGUUGCAUGUGUUCGAGAGAAGAAAUGGCGGGGAACGGAGCAGUGAACGGGAAAGGAAACGGGAACGGGGAAUUCAGCUUCACGAACGGGAAUGGGAUGGCAAAGAUCGAAUCCCAUAGAAAGGGAGAAAAUGGGAUCAGUCACGAUAUCGACAUUGCUAUUCCCGUAAAAGCGCAGACAAUCGACGAACUGCAUUCGUUACAGAAGAAAAAGUCGGCGCCUACUACGCCUAUCAAUGGAGCUCAAGGUGCUUUUGCCCCCAUUUCCGAAGAGGAACGCCAAAAGCUUCAGCUCCAGUCCAUCAGUGCUUCGUUGGCAUCUCAUACGAGGGAAACAGGGCCAAAGGUGGUGAAAGGAGACCCUGCAAAGAAAUCUGAAACUCCAAAGGUUGCUCACGUCGCGCAUCCUCAUUUCACUCCUACCCUCAACAACAGUGAUAGCGCUUUAAAGUUUACCCACGUCCUCUACAACCUCUCUCCCGCCGAGCUAUACGAGCAAGCUAUAAAGUACGAGCAUGGAUCCUUCAUAACGUCAAGCGGUGCCUUGGGUACGUUAUCGGGGGCGAAGACAGGUCGCUCCCCAAGAGAUAAACGCGUUGUGAAGGAUGACACAACAGAAGAACUUUGGUGGGGAAAGGGCUCACCGAACAUUGAAAUGGACGAGCACACCUUCUUGAUUAACAGAGAAAGAGCCGUUGAUUACUUGAACUCGUUGGAUAAGGUGUAUGUGAAUGAUCAGUUCUUGAACUGGGAUCCAGAGCACCGUAUCAAAGUUCGCAUUGUCUCAGCCAGAGCAUACCACUCCUUAUUCAUGCACAACAUGUGUAUUCGACCCACUCCUGAAGACCUGGAGAAUUUCGGCACUCCGGACUUCACCAUUUACAAUGCGGGCCGAUUCCCAUGUAACCGGUACACACACUACAUGACAUCCUCCACUAGCAUAGAUCUAAAUCCGGCUAGGAGGGAAAUGGUCAUCCUUGGCACACAGUAUGCCGGGGAAAUGAAGAAGGGUCUGUUUUGCGUCAUGCACUACGUCAUGCCUAAGCGCCAAAUCCUCUCCUUACACUCUGGCUGCAACAUGGGAAAAGAUGGCGAUGUUGCACUCUUCUUUGGAUUAUCAGGUACGGGAAAAACAACUCUGUCAACCGACAAUAAUAGGUAUUUAAUCGGAGAUGAUGAGCACUGCUGGAGUGAAAAUGGUGUAUCCAAUAUCGAGGGGGGUUGCUAUGCCAAGUGCAUUGAUCUUUCCAGGGAAAAGGAACCUGAUAUCUGGAAUGCUAUCAAGUUUGGGACUGUGCUGGAAAAUGUGGUGUUUGAUGAGCACACAAGAGAGGUGGACUAUUCAGACAAAUCUGUUACAGAGAACACCCGUGCAUCGUACCCAAUUGAGUUCAUCCCCAAUGCAAAGAUACCAUGUGUGGGCCCACACCCAAAGAAUGUCAUUCUUCUCGCAUGUGAUGCAUUUGGUGUGCUCCCACCAGUGAGCAAGUUGAACCUGGCCCAAACCAUGUACCACUUCAUCAGUGGCUACACUGCUCUGGUGGCUGGCACAGAGGAUGGCAUAAAAGAACCACAGGCAACAUUCUCAGCCUGUUUUGGUGCAGCUUUUCUAAUGUUGCAUCCCACCAAGUAUGCAGCCUUGCUGGCUGAGAAGAUGCAGAAGCAUGGAGCUACAGGAUGGCUUGUCAACACUGGCUGGUCUGGUGGAAGAUAUGGCUCAGGUAACCGCAUCAAGUUGUCAUACACUCGGAAGAUUAUCGAUGCCAUUCACUCUGGCAGUCUACUGAAGGCUAGUUACCAAAAGACUGAAGUGUUUGGGUUAGAGAUCCCCACCGAAAUUGAGGGUGUGCCUUCAGAAAUCCUGGAUCCGAUAAACACUUGGUCAGACAAGAAGGCAUAUAAGGACACUCUAUUGAAGCUUGCAGGUCUGUUCAAGAACAACUUUGAGGUGUUUGCGAAUUACAAGAUUGGCAAGGAUAACUCGCUAACAGAGCAGAUCCUUGCAGCUGGUCCUAAUGUUUGAUCUGGGGGAAUAAAAGAUGAACUAAAUUGAAAAUAUUGUAAUGGUUUGGUUGAGUGGGAAAAGAAAAAUAGGUUAUGUAAUAGAAGUGUAGUCCUGGGAACAAUUCGGAAAACAGUCUCUUCGCAAAAAGGGGGUAAGGCUGCAUACAUUAUGACCCUUUCAGACCCUGCAGUGGCAGGAACCUAGUGCAGUGGUUAGGGUUACAGGCGGAUUUGGUUUGAUUACGUUUGUGGCAUAGUUGAUAAUCAUGUACCUAUGGUACAUGUGUAGCUAACCACGAUAGGGGAAAUGUUCUAAUCGUGGUAUAUCAUAUUUCAUUUUGUAUUUAUCUAGUUUCCUUUCUAGGCUUGUAAUUAUACUUAAAAAGAGUGAUUUGUGUCGAGCACAACGAGGUUAUAAAGAGAUUGAGAAAACAACGAAUACAUAUUCUGGA